AUGGAUGGAGACCAUGUGGGUAGCUGCGGCGGUGCAGUCGCCCCGCCUUGCGAGCAGGCUGAGCAGGUGAAGCAUGUGAUCUCUGCUGCGGUCCCUGUGGGCUCGGACAAGGGCGACUUUGUCGGCGUGGGCGUGGAUGCCUACACCUCCAGGGUGAUAUUUUUGACGGUGCUGAUGGUCUUCUCCCUGGUGUCGAGCAGCCUUUUGUUUCGAGUUCCUCAGUGCCCGCUCUUGCACUGUAUUGAGUUCUGUCUGUCUCAGUCAUUCUCGCGCGGGCUGGUGCCUCAUGGGAUGCCUGGUCGAGCUUACCAGGGACGAGGAGGCCAGUGGUCCUGA